ACAUCCUUCCUUUCAUUUACUUUCUCCUUUCAUCAUUCUUUCACCAUCUCAAAGCAACAAUUUUGACCCCUUCAUGGACUGAAAGCAGAGCAAACACAGAGUACUAGGGUUCAAGCUCAACCUCAAGCACAAGCUCUAUCAAUGGCGAAACCCAUCCUUGGAUCGUUCUUCAGCAAGUUCCUUUCUCUCUUCCUACUACUCCUUCACCUGGGUUGUUUCGUUUUCACAGCCAGAGACUAUCACCAGACACAGAGCAAGAAAAGAAAAAUCUCUUACCUGUCUUCUUCCUCUUCUCGUAUCAAAACCCACAAAGCCCUCUCCUCCUCUUGGUCUUAUCUCAAACGCAUUUUCUCUUCUUCUAAACUCUGCAAAACCAACACCGACGCACACCUUGCAACACCCACCCUGACCUCCGCAAGAAACUCCCAGCAGUUGCUAGUAUCCAUGAUUCCAUCCGACACCCAUUUAGCCGAUGAUAAAAAACCACCUGGGUCUUUUCCGGAAUCGGAUAUCUCCGUUGAAAACCCAUUUUUCCCUCUUCGGAACGAUAUCUUCCCCUGUACUGCUUGCGGCGAGAUUUUCCAGAAACCCCAAUUUCUAGAACAGCAUCAAGCAACCAAACACGCCAUAUCGGAGCUCAUUGAUGGCGAAUCGGGGAAAAACAUAGUCCGGAUCAUAUUCAAAACAGGGUGGACGGAUACAGAGAAGAGCCCGGAAAUCUACCGGAUUCUGAAGAUUCAUAAUUGUCCUAAAAUUCUGGCGAGAUUUGAGGAAUACAGGGAAUUCGUCAAAGCCAAGGCAGCGCAAAGCAGCGGUGUCGCCAGGAGAAGAGAUGAGAGGUGCAUCGCCGAUGGGAACGAGCUCUUGAGAUUUUACUGCUCGACUUUCAUGUGCGAUUUGGGUCUAAACGGAAAUUCGAGUAUUUGCAGCCAACAGUACUGCAGCAUAUGUGGGAUCAUAAAGUCGGGAUUUUCGCCAAAACUGGACGGAAUUCCGACCCUGUCGAGCAGCUGGAGAGCGCACGUGACGGUUCCCGACGAAGUUGAGGAGGAGUUCCGCUUCAUGAACGUGAAAAGGGCCAUGCUGGUUUGCAGAGUGGUGGCGGGAAGGGUAGGGACGGAGUCGGAGGAGGUGGACAAGGAGGACGGAGGCGGGUUUGACUCGGUGAUCGGAAGGGGUGGAAGUGGGGCCCACACCAGGAUCGACGAGGAGGAGCUAUUGGUUUUCAAUCCAAGGGCUGUGCUUCCUUGCUUUGUGAUUGUGUACUCCGUGUGAGAGUGAUUAUCAUAAAACUUAUAAGAUAUAAGAGACAUCAUAGGUAUGUAAUGUAAGUAAUCUUCUUAAUUUUGCCUUUUGGUUCUAAUUUCAGCUCUAGGGUCAUGUCAUUACCCAAAAAAGGGGAGUAGGGUUUUGAAAAUUUUGUGAUGUGUGGGGGUGAUGAUGGUUGUUUGUAUCUAUAGAUGGGUUUAAUUAACUCUCAAGCAUGUGACCAAAAAGGUCGAGCUUUCAUGUCCGAGACAUAAGCCGAUUAAUGCGGUCGGAAGAUAUGUCCAAAAUUAAACAGUUCAUGUUUCUUCCUGUUUGAUCAGAAUUAUAAUUUACUACUUAACUUAUAAUAAUGUUGUUUAUUACUUACUAUUAAUGGUAUGUGAUAGAGGGUAGCAUGAUGUUUGUGAUAUCAUGUGUAACUUCUCGUAGCGUUAAUUAUAAGAUGUAUAUAUGUGAUGUAAAUUAAUGCUGCUUUUGGAU